AUGGAUGAGGAAUGGGAAGAAGAGGAGCAGAUUGUUGUUGUCGAGCUUUCUGGAAUCAUAAAUAAUGAUUCUAUGUUCAAGUCUCGUGGUACCUGCGAAAUACUGGGUAUUGACAGUGAACAGCCAAUGAUGCAAGUGGGCCAGUAUGUGUUUGCAGGCCAAUAUGAAGAUACCCUGGGAACGUGCGUUCUCUUUGAGGAGGGAUCAGGCAAGGUAAAAGACGGCAGUGCACCCGAGCUCAAGUACAAGUGUCACACAGUGAAGAAACUCAUGAUGCAGCGGAUCUUCCUAAGUGAGAAGAAAGAAAAUGAGACAGAUGCAGGUGGCCAAAGUGAUGAGCAGAGGUGCGCAACAGUCUGCCAACCGGAAGAAGAAACUGAACAGGCGGAAGGAGACCAGUCAGUUGGAUGA